CGAGGAGGCUGAAGGAGACACCCAAACCAAUCGCGUUACAGACGAUUUUCCCCUUGGUCCGCUCCUGCUGUUGUCCUCAACAGCAUAUGCAAGGCUGCAGUAACGCCACCGUCCACAUUUUCAUAAUCAGGCAAUCAGCGACCGGUUGCAUCCUGCUCUUCAGAUGCUGGGAGACAAGGCUCACGGUGUGACUUUGAAGGUUAUGGAAUACACGUAUGAUGAAGAUCUGGAAGAGUUGUGUCCUGUGUGUGGCGACAAGGUGUCCGGAUAUCACUACGGGCUGCUCACAUGUGAAAGCUGCAAGGGCUUCUUCAAAAGGACAGUGCAGAACAACAAGAGAUACACUUGUGCUGAAAAUCAGGAGUGUAAAAUUGACAAGACUCAGAGGAAGAGGUGUCCGUUCUGCCGCUUUCAAAAAUGUCUCAACGUCGGGAUGAGACUAGAAGCGGUGCGCGCGGACCGCAUGCGCGGGGGCAGAAAUAAAUUCGGGCCCAUGUACAAGAGGGACCGGGCCUUGAAGCAGCAGAAGAAGGCUUUGAUCAGAUCCAACAGCUUCAAAUUGGAGGGCGCAGCCCCUCCGUCCGCCUCCCCGCUGCACACUGACUACGGCUUCAGCGGCCCCCUGACCAGCUUGCCCGCCGUCCCCAAAAGCGUCCUCCCCACCACCCCGGGCUCCAUCACCCCCACAGACUAUGAGGCAAACCUUUAUGCGCCCCCAUCUUUGGCUAUGCAGUCCCACGCCCCCUUGAGCGGCCAGUACCAGUACACCAGCUUUCCCAGCAGGGUCAUAAAAGCAGAGUGCCCCGACUACACUAGCUCACCCGAAUCUCUCACUGGAUACGCCUACCCAGAAAUGUACCCCUCGGCCUCACCGCAGCCCCCCAGUCUUCCGCCACUUGUGCUGGAAAUGCUGCGCUGCGAUCCGGACGAGCUGGUGGUCCAGAAUAAGAUCGUCGCCCACCUGCAGCAGGAACAGAGCAGUCGAGGCCGUCUGGAGAAACCCGGGGCCUUCAGCCUCAUGUGUCGCAUGGCAGACCAGACCCUCUUCUCCAUCGUGGAGUGGGCACGCAGCUGCAUCUUCUUUAAGGAGCUCAGGGUGGGAGAUCAAAUGAAGCUGCUGCACAACUGCUGGUCUGAACUUUUGGUCCUGGAUCACAUUUUCAGACAAGUGCAACAUGGAAAGGGAGACAGUAUCCUGCUGGUGACAGGCCAGGAGAUUGAGCUGUCUUCUGUUCUGUCUCAAGGCGAGGCAACUCUGUCAAGUUUGGUUCAAAGAGGACAGGACCUUGCUGUAAGGUUGAGGGUCCUGCAGGUGGACCGCAGGGAGAUUGCCUGUCUGAAAUUCCUGCUCCUUUUCAACCCCAAUGUGAAGCUGUUGGAGAACCAGGCAUUUGUGGAAGGUGUUCAGGAGCAGGUGAAUGGAGCUCUGCUAGAGUACACCCUGACCACCUACCCUCAGUUCCAGGAGAGGUUCAGCCAGCUGGUAGUGCGACUGCCUGAGCUACGAUCCCUCAGCACGCAGGCUGAGGACUACUUGUGCUACAUGCAUCUAAGCGGAGAGGUGCCAUGCAACAACCUACUGAUUGAGAUGCUCCAUGCCAAGCGAGCAUGUGUGUGAGGGAUGCACCCGACGUGUUUCACCAUGUUAUGUGUCUUGUUGAGACUGUGUGUGAUCAGAAAUUCAGUAAUGAAAGUGGACUUCAUGCCGGCUCAUCUUUGUGAGCCUUUUUAUAGCUUGAGAGGUUCUUGUGAGUUUGACAAAACCCCAUCUGUGUUUCAGAUUGUUUAAAGCAUUUAAUGUAAAUGUUUGUAUAUUUAUGUGACUGCUUUAAAUUGAAUUAUAAAACAUUUAAAUGACAUCAUCAAAUUUACUGGGAAUGCAGAAUAUCCUUUCCCCCAAAGUACAAGAAACUAAACAUUGCCCACAUAAUGUCUCCACUCGCUUCCAACUUGCCAAUGACAACCACAGACAAAAAUGUGUAUUGACAAUAAGAGAGUUGUCGUAUGUUGAAAGCAGUAUUCUAUUAAAGUUCAAAUGUAAAAUGUGCUUAGAAAGCUGGUGCUUAACUGUCACAUAGAAUGGCACCAUUAGCCAGAACUAUCGCAAUAAUUAUGGCCUGGUGAUUAACUGUACUUCUUAUGAUAAAUUUUAUAACGUAUUUUUAGAAAUUGAAUGUUGGAUAUCCUUUUUAUUUUAUCAUCAAAACAUUGCAGAUGAGUGAUUCUGCUGUUUUUAGAUGAAGAGGAUAUUGAUAGCAUUCCAGGUGAGGACAUUCUCAACAGGAUGAUUUCAUUUUGUCACAUUUUACAAUAUAGUUUGGUUCUAGUCUAUUUAAAUAUUGAUAUAUUGAUGUCACAACAUAGAUCUGUUUAAGACAUACUCAUAAAAUUAAACAAAAAGUUGGAUGAAGUCAUUUAUCAAAAUAAAAACAGUGGUCAUGGAGAUGUAUGUCAACUUUGUUUUUCCUUUUCAGAUCUUAGCAGGUAUUUCUCUUGGCCCACAGACAAUAUGGGGAGUGAAAUGAAGCAAGUGACAAAAUUUCAGUAUUUGAUUUAAAUUUGAAAGCUUUGCGUAUAAUUAUUAGUGUGCCUAAAGAAAAAUAAACAGAUUUUUGGAGUCAUCUUUCCCUAUAAUUUUUUAUCAAUAGGGAAUUGUGACUCAUUCAGAAAUCAUAGAGUGGGUUUGUAAUAGUGGCCAUGCUAAUUGGCAUAGUCACAUGAGAACACUAUAAGUCAAAAAUUUGCCAAUAAAAGACUUCAUAUUUUCUGUCAGCCAUCAACGUCAAAGUUCUUAUCAACAAUAAAGGUCAGAAUUUCCUUCUUCAGUUAACAGCUCAUUGAUAGUUUUUUUUUUUUAAAUUUACUAGUGUAGUACAAAACUCUUGGCUCCAUUGGGUUUUAAUACAAAAGCUAUCUUUGUUUCGAUCAGCAAACCUGUAACGCAUUGGUAUUUACACAGAACCACAGAAUAUCAUGAAAGUUGAACAUUCACCUUUUUAAAAUUUAUGUCAUAUUCGAAACAUUAUCACUCAUGUUAGUUGGCUGUUUGUUUUAGACAAUUUAAAUGUCCUGUUGUCCAGAUAUUUAUUCGAUUAUUAUAUGUUUGUUUUUAACAGCUUCCGUACUGAGCAGUUUAAAGUCAGUCUAUCAACAUAUUGGAUCGGAUUGGAAAUCCGAAUAAUGGGGCUAACAGAACACUGUGUGUCUGUUCUUGGUAGUGAUAGUCCUCAAUGUGAUAUCUGUGGCACUUACUGUAUUGAAAGUAAGCGAGACUUAUAAUGUGGACACAUAUGGGCACAUGCAGCGACAAUGACAAUGUAAACGACAACAACUCUUGCCAAUUGUGAAAUAAACACACAGAUGAACAAGUGUUUUCAACAUCAUACAGCUCAAUGUAGAAAUUAAAAAUCUUUCCUUUAACUAAUAGGUGUCUGCAAUGUCAAGAUUCAUAGACAAUCGUUACAUCUGGUUUAAUGUGAAUGUUACACACAGACACACAAAGACAAACACACAACUCACACCCUUGAUGUCCCUGCUGAGACAGGUGGGUGUUAACGUGAUGUACAUGAUGUAUAUUUAUGUUGUGAAGUGACAAAAUUAUGAUUCAUUUAAACUUUAAAGACGAUGUCCUCUUAUUUUUCAUGCGUCAAUUUUCCACUGUUGUUAAAAAGAUUUUCUCAAGAUUGCUUUUGUUUUUGUCUUUCAACUUUAUUUUCAUUGUAGAUUGACAAUCUGUCUCAUUUUAAGGUGUUUUUCUUCCAAAAAGAGACGGUGACUGACCAAAGCAUUUUGUUCUGUUUCAAUUUUAUUGUGAUCGUAUCACACGAAUAAAACUCAAUGAAACA